GGAGGAGGCGGCGGGAUACGAGCGCGUCCUGGAGCUGGACGUGAAGCUGGGCCAGGUGAGCAUCCGCAACCCCCGCGCCGCGCCCGGGGAGCUGCCCAAGACGUUCACCUUCGACGCCGUGUACGACGCCAGCUCCAAGCAGGCCGACCUGUACGAUGAGACGGUGCGGCCGCUCAUCGACUCGGUGCUGCAGGGCUUCAACGGCACCGUCUUCGCCUACGGCCAGACCGGCACCGGCAAGACCUACACCAUGCAGGGCGCCUGGGCGGAGCCGGAGAAGCGCGGCAUCAUCCCCAGCGCCUUCGAGCACAUCUUCACCCACAUCUCCCGCUCGCAGAACCAGCAGUACCUGGUGAGGGCCUCGUACCUGGAGAUCUACCAGGAGGAGAUCAGGGACCUGCUCGCCAAGGACCAGAGCAAGAAGCUGGAGCUGAAGGAGAACCCCGAGACCGGGGUGUACAUCAAGGACCUGUCGUCCUUCGUGACCAAGAACGUCAAGGAGAUCGAGCACGUGAUGAACCUGGGCAGCCAGACGCGCUCGGUGGGCAGCACCAACAUGAACGAGCACAGCUCGCGCUCCCACGCCAUCUUCCUGAUCACCAUCGAGUGCAGCGAGACGGGGCCGGACGGCGAGGAGCACAUCCGCGUGGGCAAGCUCAACCUCGUGGACCUGGCGGGCAGCGAGCGCCAGAACAAAAUGGGCGCCCACGGAGAGCGCCCCAAGGAAGCCUCCAAGAUCAACCUGUCCCUCUCGGCCCUGGGCAACGUCAUCUCGGCGCUGGUGGACGGCCGGAGCACGCACAUCCCCUACCGGGACUCCAAGCUCACCCGCCUGCUGCAGGACUCCCUCGGGGGCAACGCCAAGACAAUCAUGGUGGCCACCUUGGGCCCGGCCUCGCACAGCUACGACGAGAGCCUCUCCACCCUCAGGUUCGCCAACAGGGCCAAGAACAUCAAGAACAAGCCCCGGGUGAACGAGGACCCCAAGGACACCUUGCUGCGGGAGUUUCAGGAGGAGAUCGUCCGGCUGAAAGCGCAGCUGGAGAAACGCGGGAUGCUGGGCAAGAAGAGGAGAAGGAGCAGCCGGAGGAAGAAAGCGAUGGAUGGAGAGGGCACCGUGGACAAUGAAGGGGAGGAGGAGAAUGAGGAUGGCCUGGAGAAGAGCAUGGAGAAUUACUUGAAGGAGCAGAAGGAGAGGCUGGAAGAGGAGAAAGCCGCUAUCCGGGAUGACCACAGCCUGGUGAGUGAGGAGAAGCAGAAGCUGCUCCGGGAGAAGGAGAAGAUGAUCGAGGACCUGCGGAAGGAGCAGGAGGCCACGGAGCUGCUGGCCAUCAAGUACAAGGCCAUGGAGAGCAAGCUGCUCAUCGGGGGCAGGACCAUCGUGGACCACACCAACGAGCAGCAGAAGAUGCUGGAGCUGAGGCGGCAGGAGAUCGCCGAGCAGGGGGUGACAGAGGGUGACACGAGUGGUGACACGGCGUGUGACACAUGGAGUGACAUGGAGGGUGACACAGAGGGUGACAUGGGGGUGACACAGGUGGUCACACGCAGUGACAUGGGGGUGACACAGGCAUGA